GAAGGGCCAAGAGAACCUCAAGACAGACCUCGUGCGCAGGAUAAAGAUGUUGGAGUAUGCCUUAAAGCAAGAGAGGUCAAAAUACCACAAGCUGAAGUUUGGAACCGAACCGAACCAAGGGGAGAAGAGAGUGGAACUGUCAGAACCAGUUUCCAAUGGCCCAGCGGAAACAACUUCACUGGAAAGCAACCCACUGGUGUGGAAAGAAGGGCGUCAGCUGCUCCGGCAGUACCUGGAAGAAGUGGGCUACACAGACACCAUCCUGGACAUGCGCUCCAAGCGAGUGCGCUCCCUGCUGGGCCGCUGCUCCGUGGAGCUGAACGGCACCGUGGAGCCCAGCGACUUGGGGCUGGGCCCCGCUUCGGGCCCCACUGGGCUGAACGGGGGCGAGUCGUUGCUUGUCAAACAGAUCGAGGAACAGAUUAAAAGGAACGCUGGGAAGGAGACAAAGGACCGGAUCAGCAGCUCGGUGAUGGAGAAAAUCCCCUUCCUCCAGAACUGCGAGGACGAGGACAGUGAUGAAGAGGAAGAUCUGGAAGGCCUUCCUCUCGAGACCCAGCGGCAGCACAAGAAACAACGAGUAAAGCUUGCCACAAAGCCCCUGAUGCCUGAGGUGGAGGAUGAGGAGGAUGAUGAAGACUCUGAGGAUGCCUUGAACGAGUUUGACUUCUUGGGCUCUGGGGAGAACGGCGAGGGCUCCGGGGACGCCCGGCGCACCGGGGACGGGAACGAGCUCGAGAGCCGGAGAGUUAAGCUUCAAGGCAUGCUUGCCGAUCUCCGGGAUGUUGACGGGCUCCCUCCUAAACCAUCUAUUCCAUCUGCCAUCUCCAGUCAUCCCAGGUCUCACGAAGGGUCGCUUGGCUUCUCCUCGGACGUGUUUAUCAUGGACACCAUCGGCGGAGGGGAAGUAAGUCUGGGGGACCUGGCAGACCUGACCGUCACCAACGACAACGAGCUCAGUUGUGACCUGUCGGAUGGCAAGGACGCCUUUAAGAAGACUUGGAAUCCCAAGUUCACCCUCCGGAGUCACUACGAUGGGAUUCGGGCCCUGGUUUUCCACCACACGGAGUCCGCGCUGGUCACCGCCUCUGAGGACGGCACGCUGAAGCUGUGGAACCUCCAGAAGACGGUUGCUGCCAAAAAGAACGCCGCACUGGACGUGGAGCCGGUCUACGCUUUCCGGGCGCACAGGGGUCCAGUGCUCUCCGUUGCCAUGGGCUGUAACAGUGAAUAUUGCUACAGUGGCGGAACGGACACCAAGAUCCGCUUCUGGAGGAUCCCGGAUUUGAGCAUGGAUCCAUACGACCGUUACGAUCCAGGAGUCCUCAGCAACGUCCUGGAAGGCCACAUGGAUGCGAUCUGGGGCCUGGCAUUCAGCCCUUCCAAGAACCGCCUGGCUUCGUGUUCAGCAGAUGGGACAGUCAGAAUAUGGGACCCUAGCGAGAACCCAUCCUGCCUCAGCACCUACAACACGGAGCGUGAGUACGGAAUCCCUACCUCUGUCGUGUUCGCCAGCACGGACCCUGCCCAUGUUGUGGCCGCCUUCCGAACGGGCAACACGGUGCUGUACGACUUGGAGACCUCCCAGCCCAUCCUGACGCUGGAAUCCAGAGCUGCCACUGGAUUCAGUCAAAUCAAUCACGUGGUGAGCCACCCGACACAGCCCGUCACCAUCACGGCGCACGACGACCGAGGGAUCCGCUUCUUGGACAACCGGACAGGGAAAGCCAUCCACUCCAUGGUCGCUCACUUGGAUGCUGUCACCUGCCUCGCCGUGGACCCCAACGGGGUCUUCCUCAUGUCUGGAAGCCACGACUGCUCCCUGCGCCUCUGGAACCUGGACAACAAGACGUGCGUGCAGGAGAUCACGGCCCACCGCAAGAAACACGAGGAGGCCAUCCAUGCUGUGGCCUUCCACCCUAGCAAGGCCCUGAUCGCCAGUGCCGGGGCCGACGCCCUGGCCAAGGUCUUUGUAUGA